CACAUCUUCAAGCACAACAUAGCCUCUCUGUCGACAUUUUUUUGGUACGAUCUAAUCAUGUCACUUUCGCACUAAAAAACACAAUGAUGCGACCUCAACGGAGCACUACUUCUUCCGCGAAACAGGCCCCCGGAGCUGCAUUGAUUCAAGAAUUAGACCCUAACGGACGUGGUUCUAAGUCGGAAGUUGCGCUUUUGGAAAUUGACGGUGCGAAGAACGUCUACGUCCAAAAAGGGUCGAUCUUUUUCAAAGCUACGGCUAAAGAAGCCAAACAACGUGUAGCACAGCUGGAGAGAAAGGAGGAAGAACGAGCAGCAGCAGAAGCUUUGAGUCGGAACUAGAAACUGAAAUAUAUUUCGCCGUUCGAAUGGAAGUCCGUCGACGAGUGGAGGAGUGGAGAAGAUGAAGGAUCAUCAGCAGAUGCCUCAGAAACCUGAAGUAGCUACAAAUCUUCAACGAGGAGCGGAGGAGUUGCAGCCGGUUCAGCCAGGUGUAGGUGUAGGUACACCUAAAAUCUGCAAAAGAAUGGCAUC